UGGGUCCCGCCCCGGGCGGAGGGCCCUCCAGGGCCAGGAAGACUGCAGUUCCCGGCAUGCCCUGCCCCGGGUGCGCCUGCGUGCGGGAGCUACCGCGCUGGGGAGCGGGUUGGUUUAAAGUGCGGUGUUAGCUCCAUGGAAACCGGCCAUUCUGCAGCCGGACAGAGCCUCAGGUGCAUAUGGAAACUACAAUGUCCAGACCAGUCCUUUCUCCAACUCACAUCAAUGCUACACCUUCUGAAACAUUCACAGUACUUCAGCAAAGGAUGAGAAUAGUCGAGGAACAGACCAGUUCUCUGAGAGAUGACCUAAUAAUGUUGGACUUUGGUGAAAAAAGAGGUCAGUUGGAAGCUCCAAACUCUUUAGAAGACCCUGCCAACCAAAGAGCCAUUAGUCCUAUUCAGAAUGAAAUAAUUUGUUCAGGAAAAACAGAUAUUUUAUGGAAGAACUGUGAAUUUCUGGUAAAUCGAAUGUGCCGUCUAGAAAGCCUCAUUCAGUCCUUGAAGAUGAACAUCUUUCGUCUGCAAACUGAAAAGGAUUUGAAUCCACAGAAAACAGCUUUUCUGAAGGAUCGACUGAAUGCAAUACAGGAGGAACAUUCCAAGGACCUGAAGCUGUUGAAUCUUGAAGUGAUGACUUUGCGCCAACAACUGAGAGAUGUAAAAGAAGAAGAAGACAGGGCACAAGAUGAAGUGCAAAGGUUGACUGCCACUCUGGAGAUUGCCUCAGAGACAAAGAAGAAUGUAGCUGUUAUUGAAGAGGAACUAAAGACCACAAAACGUAAAAUGAACCUUAAAGUUCAGGAGCUAAGGAGACAACUGGCUCAGGAGAAGCACCUCAGGGAAUCUCUUGAGAAAUCCGGAUCAGCCAUGCUAUUCAAAAUACAAGAAAUGGGAUCGACAGUGGAGGUGGAGCGGAAACAGGUGCACAUUUUGCAACAAAACUGCAUUGCCCUACGCAAGUCUAUACAGUCCACCCAGGAACUACUGGCACAGGAGCAACACAAAAAAGGAGAGUUGGAGACUGCUACCUCACAGCUCAAGUCUGAUCUAGUUUCUAGAGAUGACCUCAUUGCCAAGUUGAUUGAAGAAAAUAAGAAUGUACAGAUGUCUUUUAACAAGGAACAUGAAGAAAAUGCAUAUUUGAGAUCUGAAAUAAUAUCCCUCCAUGAAGCAUCAGAAAAAGCGCAGGUUUUGAAUGAACAACUGACUAGAAAAUGUUCAGAGCUAAGCACCAUGCUUCAGACUGCUAGUGUGGAAAAUGCCAGAAUCAUUGCUGACCACCAAGCCAUUCUGCAGGUGGAGCAGAAAAUGAUGACACAGACAUUUCAGGAACAAAACCUACUGCUGGACGCAGCCCAUGCCAGCAUCACAAGCGAACUAAAGACAGUUCAGAAUGAGAAAAACCAACUCCAAAUAUAUCUGGAUAAUUUAAUCCUCGAGCAUAACCAGUGUACCCAGAAAGCACAGGAUGCUGAGAAGAGGGCAACAGUGCAAAAAGAGCUUCUAGAAUCAACUAUUGCAAGAUUGCGAGGUGAACUGGAAACAUCAAUGCAAGAGAAGAAAUCUCUGCUAGAGGAGAAAGAAAGAUUUCAGAGAGAGGUUAAUAAAACUGAAAAAGAAAUAGCACAAGAAAAAUGCAAUUUGGAAAAGGAAUUAGCUAAAAACAAGGUAGAUAUAAAUGCAUUAACCCACAACCUGCAGACUCUAAAAGAAGAGAAUAAGCACCUGGCAAAUCACAUGGCUUCUCUAGAACUUCAGCAAGUCACUUCUGAUUACCACGGGAUUGCCCAACAGAAGGUGGAAAAGGUCUUGGGAAAAAUUACUGAGAGUAAAAAUAAACUGGCCUAUGAAAAGGGAAAACUCCAGACAAAAGUUAAGCAGCUAGAGGAACAACUGCAUUCUUUUACUGAAACCCGUUUACAGAAUGACCAUCUACGCAAGCUGAACAAGGCUUUAGAGGCCAAAUAUGCUCAGGCAAACUCAGAACUCAGUGUCAACAAAGUACACCUGCAACAGACAGAAGCUCACCUGAAAGAGAUGAAAUCCAUUCUUGAAAAAAAUGAGGAGGAGCUGUCUCGUACAGUGAAGUGUCGUGAUUCCGCCCUGAAAGAGAGUCAGAAGUUGAAAAAGGAUCUCGAAGCUUUGGAGGACAGGGAAAGCAAGAAGGUGGGAAACUUUCAGCGACAGUUGGCAGAGGCUAAAGAAGAUAACUGCAAGGUUACGAUCAUGCUGGAGAACGUGCUCGCCUCUCACAGUAAAAUGCAGGGCGCUCUUGAAAAAGUACAAAUAGAGCUUGGGCGGAGGGAUUCCGAGAUUGCAGGCCUCAAGAAAGAAAGGUCUCUAAAUCAACAGAGGGUUCAGAAGCUAGAAGCUGAAGUGGACCAGUGGCAGGCUAAAAUGCUUGUUGUGGAUGCUCAGCAUAGCAGUGAGAUGGAGCCUCUACAAAAAGCUAUUGAUAUAGCUAGAGAAGACAACAGGAAACUGGCUAUGAGUCUGGAACAAGCUCUCCAGACAAAUAAUAAUCUGCAAGCAAAGCUGGACCACAUCCAAGAGAAAUUAGAAAACAAAGAACUUGAGCGACAGACUUUGGAAACCUUCAAAGAACGGAUGACUGAGGAAUCCAAAGUGGAAGCAGAAUUGCAUGCUGAGCGCAUCGAAGCUCUAAGGAAGCAGUUUCAAACUGAGAGAGAAGCUGCAAAGAAAGCAGCACAACGGGAGAUGGCUGAGCUGAAGAAAGCCCUUGAUGAAGCCAACUUCAGAUCAGUGGAAGUGUCCCGGACCAACCGAGAGCUGCGGCAGAAACUUACAGAGCUAGAAAAAACACUGAACAGUAACAAGGAGAAAAUAAAGAAUCAAAAAGCCCAAAUUAAGCACCACUUGUCGGCUAAGGCGAAUAACGCUCAGAACGUAGAGCGGAUGAAGCAAAUUGAAGCAGAAUUGAGACAAAUGGAAAUAAUCAAGGAUCAGUAUCAGAAAAAAAACUACGAACAGUCAUUGAGUAUCCAGAGAUUUGUAUCUGAAAUGAAUAACCUGCAGAAGGAGAUGCAGCUGUUAGCCAGGAGCCAAUACGAUACCUCGGCCCGGAAUAAACAGCAAGAGCUGCGCCUGGAGACAGAGCGGAAGAUAAGGCAGGAGCUAGAGGGCCGGUGCCAGAAACUGGAAGAAACAAUUAGACACCUGAAGAAAUGUAAAGAGGCAACAGAGCAUAAACUGAAAGAAGCGAGUGUGGAAUCAGAACAGAUAACAGCUAACCUGGAAGAAGCUCACCGCUGGUUCAAGUGCAGGUUCGAUGGCCUACAGCUUGAACUGACAAAAAACCGGUUGCAGAGGCUUCCUCGGGAAGACAGAUGGCAGGAGGAGCAGGACCAGGAGGUAAGGCCCAAUGCCAUUUCCAGCCAGUCUGCUCUUCAUCGAUGGGAGACUAAGCAGAAUAAUCUCAGGCUCACACCCAAGAAGUUCCCUUCUGAGGUUGAGAGGAAGUGAUACCCCUGACAAGGGAGCUUCUUCACUUACUGUAUUCUCCCAUGAUUCCACGAGCCCGGCAACUAGGACCGGCCUGUUUCUACAGUCGUACGAGCAUGAAGUCUUUGAUGUGAGCUGAAGAUUUUGGACCUGAGUUUACCUUUCCAUGAACUCUUUUAUAUCAGUACAGAACCACCCCAUGUUUUUUUGUCCUUU